AUGUCCAUGUCUUCAACUCCCAAAAAUGAGCGGGCCUUCGAGCCAAACGCCUCCAUCGUGCUCGUUGGCUGCCGCGGAGCCGGGAAGCGCACCCUUGCCUUUAUGGCUGCCCUCCAUCUCCGCUGGCGCCUCGUCACCGAGGACCACUACUUCGAGAAGGCCAUGGGCCUGUCCCGCGGCCAGUUCCUGUCACAGAACGGCAAAGAGCUCUUUGCCCGGCAAAACAUCAAUGUCUUCAAGCGCAUGUUGGAUAGCAACAGGACCGGCUGCAUAAUCGAGUGCGGCAUGAGCAGUUUCACCGACGAGGCCCAGGAUGCCCUCCGCGCAUACUCCGCGACCAAUCCCGUCGUGUACAUACACCGCGAGAAGGAGCAGAUAUCCCGUCUCUUGGAUGCCGCUGACGCCGAGCAGCUGUUGAAGGCCGACGAGAAGCACAGGGACUGCUCCAACCUUGAGUAUUACAAUCUCUAUGACUCAUCCAAUGACGCCUCGGUCCCGGGUUCUGGUACGAGCACCCCGAUGGACGGCCGCCUGCCUAGCCCCUCUAAGCUCCUGGAUGCCCGCGAGGAUUUCUUGAAGUUUCUCGAUUUCAUUACUGGGCGUGCAGCGACUCGCGCUUGGCUUGCAAGCCCGUUUUCGGUCGCUGCCAUCCCUCCAGAGCUGAGAUCUUACUCGUACGCCUUGCGCCUCCGUCUCUCCGACAUCAUGGACAUGGAGAUGGAGUGGGAAGACUUUGAGGCGAGGGCGGAUUGCAUCGAGCUCAUUAUUGACCAUUGGCCCGACGAUCUCCUAAAUGUCGUCGCCAUGCACGUCGCCUCGAUCAGGAGGAAGAUCGGCGUCCCUAUCAUCUACCAUGUGGAGGAGAACCCUCGCGGGGAGCGACAAAGGAUGCCCGCUGAAAAGGACGCUGUCGACUCUGAACUUCUGGAACUGGGCCUUCGCCUUGGCGUAGAGUACAUCAGCUUGGACCUGCAACGCAGCGAUGCGUUUGUGAGCCGCGUUCUUCGGCAUAGAGGGAGAUCCAAGAUCAUCGGCAACUACUGGUACCUGGGUCUCGGUGCUCUGCCGUGGUACAGCGACAAGCAGCUCGAAAACUAUGCGAGAGCUCGCGCCCUUGGCUGCGAUGUCAUCCGUCUAGUACGGUUCUGUGCCAGCGAUAGUAAGGUCGAGGUCUUGGAGGAUUUCAAGAAGAAGAUAGAGGAAACAUUUCCCGAUCCGAGGCCGCCACUGGUGGCCUACGACUUUUCCAUUCUCGGCGUCAGGACACCCUUUCAAACCAAGAUUCUGGGGCCCGUGAAGCAUCCAGAAAUGGAAAAUGAGAGAGACCACCUGGCUACCGUCUGCUCGUAUAUGUAUACCUACAGGCUCCAGUUCCGUCAGUUCCUGCUCGACCCGCUCGAGUUUUACGUGCUCGGCUCUAAUGUCUCCUACUCGCUGUCCCCGGCCAUGCACAAUGCUGCGUAUGAAUAUUCGGGGAUGCCUCAUACCUUCCACGCCAUCACCUGCUCAACAUUAGACAGUCUCAAUCAAAUCUGCCUCAGUGACUCUUUUGGCGGAGCUUCUCUGACAGCGCCUUUCAAGGUUGCUAUCAUGCCCCACCUCAAGGUGAAGAGCCACCAUGCCACUGCCAUCGGGGCUGUCAAUGUUCUCAUCCCGCUUAGGGGGCAGACCAACCUCAUAAUGGACCACGCCAACUCGAGAAACAAGUCUGGGGUGGUCCGCGACUUUUUCGGCGACAACACAGACUGGAGUGCGAUUCUCACUUGUCUCCGCCGCGCCAUUAGCCCCCGCAACUUUGUUCAGCCAUCCAAGACAACUGCUAUUGUCAUUGGCGCCGGAGGCAUGGCUAGGGCUGCCAUCUACGCCCUCAUCCAGCUAGGCUGCCGCAACAUUUUCAUUUAUAAUCGCACAACAGGCAAGGCGUUCGAGGUCGCCAGGCACUUUAAUGAGUGGGCUUCGACUCAAGGGCCGGCGGGCUAUAGCCAGCCGAGCGGGCUGACGACGGAGAUAUGUCGCGUCUUGCCCUCGCUUUCAGAGCCUUGGUCACGCAACUUCCAGCUGCCGACUAUGGUAGUGUCGUGUGUUCCAGCCACGAGCGUCGACGGAAACCCUCCGGCCGACUUCGAGAUGCCGCUUGGCUGGCUGAAAAGCCCGACUGGGGGCGUCGUGGUCGAGUUGGCAUACGAGCCCCUCAUCACACCCCUGGUGGCGCAAAUGCAAGCAUUCCACGACGGCAUCUCUCUGGCAUGGGUUGUGGUCGACGGCCUUGCCGUCGUGGUUGAGAUGGCCAUCGAGGCCUUUGAGCUCAUGACAGGCCGCAUGGCACCAAAGCGGCUCAUGAAAGAGAUUGGUAGGGGAAUCGGGGGGCAUAAAAAGCCACGGGAUCUGGACGCCGUCUUUGCUGAAAUGGAGCGGUAA